UGCUUGACAACCACCUCACUGUUGGGCACAUGUAUCUGUGUUGUUGUUCUAGGCAUCUUCAUCCAUCAUCGCAACACACCUAUAGUUCGUGCCAACAAUUCAGAACUCAGUUUUCUUCUCUUGGUGUCACUUAAACUCUGUUUCCUCUGCUCUUUGCUCUUCAUUGGACGACCCAAAUUAUGGACUUGCCAACUAAGACAUGCAGCAUUUGGCAUCAGCUUUGUGCUUUGUGUCUCAUGUAUCCUGGUGAAAACCAUGGUGGUUCUGGCUGUGUUCAGGGCCUCCAAACCAGGAGGUGAGUCCAGUCUCAAGUGGUUUGGUGCUGUACAGCAGAGAGGGACAGUUCUGGUUUUGACUUCUGUUCAAGCAGCAAUCUGCACUGCCUGGCUUGUCUCUGCUUCACCAGUGCCUCAUAAAAACACCCAGUAUCACAGUGACAAGAUAGUUUAUGAGUGUGCAGUUGGGUCCACAGUUGGUUUUGCAGUUUUACUUGGUUAUAUUGGUUUACUGGCUGUCCUCAGUUGUUUGUUAGCUUUUCUAGCAAGGAAUCUUCCAGACAGUUUCAAUGAGGCCAAACUCAUCACUUUCAGCAUGUUGAUCUUCUGUGCAGUGUGGGUGGCCUUUGUUCCUGCUUACAUCAACUCACCAGGCAAAUAUGCAGAUGCAGUGGAGGUUUUUGCCAUCCUGGCCUCCAGUUUUGGCCUCUUGGUGGCGCUGUUUGGACCCAAAUGUUAUAUAAUCCUUGUGAGACCUGAAAGAAACACAAAGAAAGCAAUCAUGGGUCGUGGGACCACAAAAUAAUACAGUUAACACCCCUGUCUCUCUCUGUGAUGCUCUUUAUUUUAGAAUUGUGUUUAAAUGACUAGAUCACAAUACAGGCAAUAAAGAUGUUGAUAAGAAAUACUUAAAAUAUCUAACUUUUCUUUCUUGCCACUAAUUAUUCCACUGUUGGGAGUUACUGUAAUUUU